AUGUCCGCACCACCAGAAAUUACCUUGAAGGAUCUAAGUGGAGACUGGGUUAUGAACAAAACUCUCUCUGACGACACUGACGCAGUCCUCGCCCUCCAAGGAGUAGGCUGGUGGAGCCGCAAAGCAAUCUCCCUCGCAACCGUAACUCUCCACGUCAAAGAAUACAUAGACGAAAACAAUAUCCCGCACAUCGACAUUGACCAGACUGCCACGGGCGGUAUUAAAGGCACAUCUGAAUAUCGAACACUCGAUUGGGUUCCUCGAGCUCAUGAAGAUCAUCUAUUCGGCAAUGUUUCCGCAAAAUCUAGAUUUUGUAAUUUGGAACAAGUAGAUGAUGAUGCUUUUUUGAAAGAGGAUUGGUUAGAGGGUGAAGAGGAAAAUAGUGGUCCCGAUGGGGAAAGACAUGUUCAGACUUAUGGUGUUAAUGAGGAGAGGGGUUGGAACGCAAUGCAGAUUUGGGGGUUUGCGAUUAUUGACGGGAAGAGAUAUUAUACCAGGAGGGUGGUGGUUAAGAAGGGAAGUGAGGUGUUGAAGGUUAGAUUGGUCUACAAUUGGCAGGGAAAACAAUAG